AUGGCUCUCAUGGCGGGCUGUUAUUCAUUUCGAGGCUCGUAUCCCAUGGUCAAGGCGUGCGCCUCUUCCUCGGCUUCUUCUUCUUCUUCUUCUUCGUCCUCUUCGAAAGGUAUGGCUGACCACUGUGGGGUGGGGAGUCCAAUCCUAUCCAUCUCAGCUGGUGAAUUUGCUUUCUGCGCUCGUAUCUCCGUUCCUCUCGCCGGAGCUACUGGUUUGGGAAGCCUCGAGUUAUGAUUUAUCUUUUUUUAUUUUGGCAGAUAGGAGAUCGGAUACGGUGAAACUGAGGGACGAUUGGAGGAACCGAUCGCGGCCUAUUCCUCCCGGCGGUGUCUACCCUGCCAAAGAUCACUGCAGGUAUUGUUUAAGAUGAAUGGAAAGAAAAAUAAAGAUCAUUCUGUUUCUUCAUUUCACUCUCUUUUAAUUACCAGUGAUGCUUCUUUCCUGGUUCGUUAUAACGACGAACAGUGCGGUUUAUGUGGCACAUGCUUUGUCUCUCCUGCAGCCAAUGUGGUUUAUGUGACACGUACUACAUCGCACAUGUGAAGAAUGCUUGCGCCUUCUUGGGCGAUGGGAUGUCAAGAAUAGAAGUGAGUCUUUGAUGUGUUAUUGUCAAAAUUUGGCAAGUAGCUCGUUUGCUAUUAAAUGAACGCGAAAGAUGUUGGAAAAUUUUAUGUUUCUUCCUGGUCAUCUGAACGUAUACAUCGAAAGUUAUUUCUGUCUGUCUCUCUCUCUUUUCUAUCGAGGAGAAAUGGACCGUACCAAAUCAAUUGAUUGUUUCAUAUAAAUUGGAAACCCCACGCUCAUACUGUCUAUUCUUAUUCUGCGCCUAAUACACUGAUCAUACAAAAGGUGCAUGUUUCCUCCACAAAAUCCCAUUGGCCUUGGCUCAGAGAGAAGAAACUAUACAGAAUCCAACUAAUUCUUCAAUACACUAUAGUUACUUUCUCCUCUAACCGCCCUUAAUGUAAUUGGGGAAGUGGAUACCACUCCUUGCAAUCAUCCUCUAUUGGAUAACUCCAAUUCCAAUUAAGCUUUUUAGUGUCCCCCAUCUGGCAUGCACUUUCUGGAAAAUCUUGUGCCAAGUGGCAUUGGAAGGUUGCACUUAAGUUAGUUAGAACGUAGUCUCUUUAUCUUUGAAAUAAUGUCAUUCUAAUUUCUUCUGUAAUAUCAUGUGACUUGUUCUAAGUCAUUAGACUAAUAUGAUACCAUCUUCUGCAACAUGAUUUUCAUCUUGAGUAUGAUUCCAGGAUGCAACAUGAUUUGGCCUUGGGAAGUGGGCAAUCAUGUGUACUAAUUUAAUUGCCAAUUUAAAUCUUCCAAAUUUCUCCAUGACCACAACUAGGAGCUCGCUUUUAUACAAAACUCCAUUUGGCAUAGAAAAUAGCCAGUUAGGAGUCAAAUAGUCUAAUUGCUUUUUUAAUAGUGAACGAUGGAAAACCAAUGCUUUUAAAAUAUGAACUUUAAUAUUAAAAAUGAUAUAAAUUUUUCAGAGCUUUUUUGGUCCUAGAGCAGAUAAAUAUCCUUUUAGACUUGGGUUUGAGGCCAUUCAAUUAAUCCAUUAACACUGACUUGUUGACAAUCUAUCGCUGCCCAUCUUUCAUUCUAUAUGGUUGAUUCUCAAGUGAAAGUAAUUCAAAAUCUGCAUUACACAAAAUUAUCAAUUUUGGUUCACCAAUCCUACCUUAAUUUUGAGUUGAUAGUGCAUAUGUUUCCACUUAACUUCAGGCUGAAUUUAUCAAAGUGGUGUAAAGUUGGUCUCAAGUUCAGUUUUGAUAAUCAAUAUUCUUUUAAUCUUAAUGUGAGAUCCACCUUUGCAUGAGCCUAAAUUUUCUUUUAGGACUUUUGGGUUUUGUUCAACUGGAAAGUUGAAUACACCCAUGUCAAAAUUUGAACUUUUAGCUGAAUCAAAUCCAAUUCACUUAUCAAGCCAAUAAAAGGAUAUUCAUUGCUUUUCAGAUUAAUUGUUUAUUUUUUUGGUCUUAUUCGCUCAACAAAGAACCAUUGUCAUGAUAGACAUUUAAAUGCCCUUAAAACAUAUAUUUCCCUUGUUUUAUUGUUAGUAGGAUCUGGAAUCAAAGGUUCAUGGAAGAGGUAGAAAUGCGGGAACUGAUGAAUUGCAUUUUGGUGUACAUGAAGAAUUGCUCUAUGCCCGCAAAACUAAACCAGUAGAAGGUAAUGAUACCAGGAAUUUACUUUCUCAAUCUUUUGAAGAGCCUCAUUCAUAAUCUUUAAUAACUGUCAAACAUUUACUCUGUUUAGCACAGGGGCAAAGAUUUUACCUCAUAAAAUAUGAUGAACAUGUGUGCUACAGAUACACCUUCACUGCCUUCUCCCCGCAUAUACUGAUGACAAUUUUUCUUAAUCUGAUACUGUAUUUUGCUACGAAUAAAACUACUUACGAUAUUCAUUAUCCUUCGUCAGUUAUGCAGCAGUCUUCUGAAUUAUGGGCUGCCGAGUGCAUCUCUGUUGCUUCCAAUGGUAAUUAUAAAUAAUGGCGGUUAGAUACUCUGAGACAGGUGUCAUCAACUCAAAACGGUAGCUUGUACACUCGUCAGAUAGGAAAUGUUGGAAAAAUGUAGCAUCAAAGAAGGAAAUUUUGAGGGUGAUAUAUACAGUCUUGGACAACUGUUGCUUGGGCAGCAUAGUUUUCAUUGUCUUGAAGUCCAAAUAAUUGAAAAUCCUGAGGACAUUAGGCUUCUCUAAUAGCAUGUGAACCCAAAGGCAGAAUAUUGGUUCUAUAAAUUUGAGUUUGCUUCCUUGUAUGAUUUAGCUUCCUGUUUUUCUUUGAGUACUUUAUCGUAAUUAAAAUCACUAGAUAUCUCCUUUGUUUCAUUGUCUUGAAUGCAUUUGCAUGGCAUAAAUAUAUGCGUUGAUUAAUGUUGUAUCGUGUGGAUUCUGUCCAAAUAUAGGAGCACAGUGGACUGGCAUCGUAACAACCGUUGCAGUGGAAAUGCUGAAGAAAAACCUAGUGGAUGCUGUGAUUUGUGUGCAAAGGCAAAUAACUAAUUGUUGAAAAAUGUAUACCUUCUCAGUCACCGAUUGAUUUGACAAACUAAUGGUUGAGUUGCGUUCUUGCAGCAAUCCAGAUGAUAGACUUGCUCCAAAACCUGUUUUGGCCAGGUUUGUGAUAUUCUUGCAAUUUAGUUUCAAAAGUGACGUGUGUAUAAAUAUGUGUAAGUAGACAUAUGAUUACACAUCUGUGUGUGUUUAUACGUUGCCUGAGAAAUGGUUUGCAAAACUUUAUCUUAAAAAUGUUUUGAUUUACAGAUAUUUUUACUUGUUUCUGGAGAGGCUGGAGAAUUAAUCUUCUUUGCGUGUUUAGAGUUUUUGAAUCUCUGACAUUAUUUUAUGCCAGGACACCCGAAGAAGUUUUUGCUGCCAGAGGUGUUAAACCAACAUUAUCUCCCAAUCUUAACACCCUUGCUUUGGUUGAGGUAACUCCACAUUUCUUUUUUAUUGACAUGAACUAUAAGUUGAACCCUUUUCUCCCAUCCUUUAUUUACGCGGCUUCCAGACAAUUUUUGUGUUAACGUUGUUUGUCAUGCAAGUAGUGGUAUUAGAGAAGUUGCUAGGUUUUUACUUUAAAGCUAUCCAUAAGUGUGCCAAUGUAGGUUAUCACGCUCCUUUUUUAACUGAAUGUUUCACGAGAUGCUGAAGCAUCAAUACACUUACAGUAUACUUCAUGUAGUGGCAUUAAGUGUCAGAAAUGUGUAGUAUACGAGUUAUCUCCACUUUUAAGUACUUUCAGCACGUUUUUACCUGAAAAUAUCACAAAGUACUUUUCAUUUGUUGUGACCUUUCUUCAUCCUUGUUGGUAGGCAGCUGGAGUAAAGCGACUUCUCUUUUGUGGGGUGGGAUGUCAAGUGCAAGGUAAUUAAAAUAUCAUAUCUUCCUAUCUCAAACAUGUUUUAGUUUUUAUUCAUUAUGACUUUCAUUUUUUAAUGCAGAGUGAUUUCUUGAACUGCAGCACUAAGAUCUGUUGAGAAACACUUGGGUUUAGAAAAGCUUUAUGUCCUUGGCACAAAUUGUGGUAAUUAAUAGUUUCAAAUUGUGCUCAUUGGUUCAAGUUGGUUAUCCUGGAGUGUUUUGCAUUUAUCAACUUAACAUAGUCUCUUGUUUGCUAAGUUGGAUUUCUCUCUGCUUUAACGCCCAGUUGAUAAUGGAACACGUGAGGGGCUGGACAAGUUUCUGAAGGCGGCUAGCCGUGAUCCAGAUACAGUUUUACAUUAUGAGUUUAUGCAAGAUUACAAGGUUUGUAAUUCCUUAUAAUCUUUGUUUUCUUGUCAAGUGUUUCGAUAAGGGCUGUACAUGACCCAAGUGCAACCAUGAUCUUAUUCCUUUGCUUUCUUUGGAAUAGUUCUAUUCAUUUUCCUCUGGGAUUGAAUAUUUGCUCCCCAACUCACCCUCUCCUUCCCUAAGUUUUCUUCAUCUAGUAGCGUUGAUUGAGGUUAUUGUAUCCAAACCUGUUGGUUCCUCACUAUCCUUGCUUCUGAGCAGGUUCUAACUUGCUUAAUAAUCGAUAUUUAUUUUAGUGUUUAUUUUGAAAGUUCUUUUCCUUAGCUAUUAUACUUCCACACUAUUAGAUGACGACUUAUCUUCUUGCUUUUGCCCUAUAAUUUUGUGUCAUGUUUUAUUUAGCUUUGUUUUACUUGAUGAGUUAUUAUUUUAUAUCAGGUCCAAUUGAAGCAUUUGGAUGGCCAUAUUGAAGAGGUAAAUUGGGUGGUAAUUUUUUCCAGGAAUAUAAUUAUUUCUUAUCAAAUGGCUCUUUUUCUAUUAAUUAUAAACUCCUUUCAAGCAGGUCCCAUAUUUCUCCCUUCCAGCAAAUGAUUUAGUAGAUGUAAUUGCGCCAUCCUGCUAUAGGUAACGGCUGUUAGAGCUUUUGUAACAACAAUUUUACAAAGAAUUGAAGUGUGGAGACAUCACCUUCAAGAAAUAAUUUUUGUUAUAUUUCUGUUCAUUCUGAAAUUAUACGUCUGUUUUAUUUAAUUAUCUUCUUUAUUAGUUCACCUUUCCUCAGUUACCGUGCCAUCUCAACAACAUUUUCAAGUCCGAUUCCACUUAUUGGCCUCUUGGGUGUUUAUUUUGGUGUUUAUGACUUGGAUGGCCCGAUGCAGCCACUAUAAAUCACCUAAUGGUUGUGUAAAAAAACCUCCUAAACCACUUCAAGAUCUGAAGGUGACCAUUCUUUGUGGAAAUCUUUCUCAAUAUCCCCCCAUAAUUCAUUAAAUACGAGCUCUUAAUGAGAAGAGGAUUAUGACUGUAUAAAGAUCACCUUCAACUACAAUCUAUAGGAAAUUUUACAAAACGAAGGCCAGUCGUUACAUUUUGUAACAACCUCAUCUACAGACCUUGUUCUUGUGAAUCUCGGCUACUCAGCAGAUACUGUCAGUUGUUCUGUUUCAUAAGUAACAUGUCUUGGUAAUGUUUCCUUCUGCUCGGAAAAAAUGCUGAAGAUCAUACUGUUUUUUUUUAUAAAUUUGCGUGGACUUUUUCGAAAUAUACACUGUAACUAGCCGUUCACAUGAAAAACGUUCAUAUAUUUCUUCAAAAGUUACCUUGGAAAUGUGGGCUGCCCUUUUUUCUCUGCUAUUAUCUGAAAUUCUGACUGCCUAGAAACCUUGCUGCUUCUACAAUGUGGCUCAUAGUGAAGCCUCUUCCUGAUGAAUUUCACCAGCUAAAUUUAUCCUACACUGUCAAAUGAAACUGUGAUUUUGUGCUUCAUGACUUUAUCUUAAGGUAUUUAAAAGGCUAACUCCAUUUUCUUCUUUUGAUACAAUUUGCAGUUGCUUCGACUACACAAAUGCACUGGCGGUGAGUUUUUCUUCUUUAAUUAUUUUGUCUUGUCCUUAUCCGUGUUUUCAGGUAUACUUUCUUUAUAGCUUUUUAAGGUUUCUUUUAUGAGGCAUUUUCUCUCAUGAAACUCAGAUGGAAUGAUUGAUCCAUGCCCAUGUUCAAUUUCUAGAAGCCCUGAUGCUUGGCAUUUUUUAUGACUUCGUACAAGAUACUUCUAACCAUGUUGCUAGACAAUUUAGUUUCUUUUCUUGUGAUAACUCAAUCUCAUGUCUAAUCUUGAGCUAUGUUGAACUGGUUUAUUGCCACCUAACCUGAUCCCAAUUAACUAUCAGGAUUUUCAUGGCCUAGAGGGACUGAUAACAUUGUAUGCCAAAGUCCAGCUUGAUGGCCUGACCUUGGCCUCUUCCUGUAGUUCAGAUGUCUUAUUCUUGCAAGUUAUCAAACACUGGUAUAGAUAAUUAUGGUAACACCCAUCUCGUAGAACGAACCAGUUUUUUCAAGUUUGAGAUGACACAAUGUGGAGGCAUGUACUUAUGGACAUGGAAGGAAUUUGAAAAUUUUGAUUUAAGGAAAUCCCUGUCAGACUAGGUUACAACUUAUUGAUUUUGGAUAAGUUGAACCUCAGCUGAAAUAUAAAAAAAUAAAAGAAAUCAGAAAAGUAUGCAAUAACUUUGACUUUAAGUAAAGACAAUGAUCAAAAACCCUCUCUAUAACCAAAAAUGGAUGUCAGCUUCUGUGCUGUUAUCAAGGAAGUUGCACAUUUGAAGAAUCUCCCGAAGCCUAGAUCAGAAAAGAAACCUGUGAAUCUAUUUAAAGUGCUCAGAAAUUGUGUCACAGAUUCUCGUUUUUUUUUAUCUUCUAUUUUUCUGUCAAUGAAGAAUCCGUAGAGAACUUCCACUUUCCUUUGCAGGUCUCACCUAAACAGUUAACUCCUAAAUUUUUUUUUCAUUUUUUUUUUUAUAGCCACCCUGUACUAAGAUGGCAUUAUCUUGGCCCAAAGCUUGGCUUAAUCGUUCAUAACUUUGUGGUUCAUCUUUUUAUUGGCGUACACCCAUUUUUACCAUUUUUUUCCUAUACAUUUGCAGGACCUUGUAGUUGGAUAUAUGGGUGUGCCAAAAUACCCUGGGUUGAGCAUGACUGAGCAUCCACAGUAUGUUACUGUCAGGUAAUAAUACUAACCAUUCAACACUCGAAUUACCGGUGAAUUGGUCUUUUCUCUUUAUACGGUUGUACCAUGACCUACCCUCGUCAAAUAGGCGUUGGUUGCCUGGCUUUCCACCACUUUCUGUGGUAAAUUUGUCAUGCUACGGAGCCGUUUAAAUGGCAGAAAUGAACGCGGACGGGAGAUGCUUAACCUGGUGAAGGAUCUCUUGGAGGUGACACCAACGAUAAGCAGAGUAUGGGGAAUGAACCCUGCAAGGCUUAAUAAUGAAGUCAUCUGAAAGGUCAGCUAACCAAGGCAUGGUUCUUAUCUUUUUUGCAGGGAAACCGCAGAACAUUGGUGAUGGAGACUGUUAAAGCUGAUGAUCAAGCUAAGUCAGGUACCAUGUUUCAUUUUUAUAAAUUAUGAUGUCGGACCCUAAACGUCUCCAAUAAGAUCUUGGUCUUAAAUUUCUUGAUGACAAUUUUUGUCUUGUUGAGUUAUCUUGACUGAUAUGUAUCCCUCAAGAAAUGAUCUCUUGCUGCCACCGCCUAAGCCUGCUCCUGUAAACCUGGGUCGACAAGGGUUUGUGUAGAAUUCCUUGAGCUUUGAUGGACGAUUUAGUUGAUAUCCAUCCCCCCUAUUAUCAUGCCAAAGAUCUUGCCUCCUGCUGCAAGAGGGAUGAUGAAAACCUAGUCUGAGAAUGGGAGCAUGGAAACCGAAAAUGAAAAUGUCAGCGAGGAGCUGUAGGAGAGGAGAAAUGAGGAAAUCCGUAUCCUUAUCAGGAAAAGAGAAUAUCCAGUAAAUGAAGCAUAAAGGUUGAUUAUCUUGAAUGUUUCCCAAGAUACUAAUGUGCUACAUAUUAAUACUCAAAUGUAAUAAGUAAUAUGUUUGCUGAUGUAUCUUGUUCGAAUGUCUGUCAUUGCCAUUGAUUUAGCUAGCUUUAGUUAGAUGGUUGAUUGAUGAAGAUAAGAAUUUCUGAAUCAGCAGGGACUUAAUGUUCUGUACUCUGGCUAACGUGUGAUUCCUCUUCUCAGGGAAAGGUCCUGCUCAGCCUGCUCCUAAGUUUGUUGGCAAUAUUAUUGCUUUCCUCCUAAACUUGGUAGGUGAUGAGUUUUAUGAUCUCUCUCUCUCUCUCUCUCUCUCUCUCUCUCUCUCUCUCUCUCUCUCUCGUUCGCUCUCUCUGCUCACUCCUCCCCUCCCCUCACGAAAUAACUGUGCUUAUCUGGUCCAUAAAGAAAUAUGCUCGUUCUCUCUUUCUGUCUGAAGGGUAUUGGGAAGUUUACUGAUUCUCGCUGGUUCCUCACAGAUUGGUCCGAAAGGUCUGGAAUUCGCUCGGUACUCCUUGGAUUAUCACACGAUAAGGAAUUACUUGCACGUAUACCGUUUCUGGGGCAAACAAAGGUACGCUCGGUGCGAUCAAAGUUUCAGGGUGACCUCUAUUGGGCAAAUUCCUCUCUCAUUCCUCUUGAUUUCGAUGCAGAGCUGACCGGCACAUGCCCUCCUAUGCAAAGAAGAUUGUGGAGGCAUACAAUGUCAACGGAGAGGUCGACAGGAUUCUGGAGCAAGACUGA